GCAGGAUUGAAGAAGAAUGAAAACCACAAAAUGUUUCAACAGAGGAUUUUGGAAGCCAAAAACUGCGCACAUUGGCACAGCAGAGAAGGACUAUGACAAGAACCUUGUCAAAUGUUUGUCCUUAACCAUUAAAUUUUAUGUUGUUGCAGUCAACUUAUUCCGGUGUAUCAGAAACUGCAUCCAUUGUUCUGGACCUAACGGGGGUUUCUGUCAGAGAUGCCAUCAGCUGCAGCCAUUUCGUGUGGCCCCGGGGAAACUUCCACAGAGAGUAGAUCGUCCGAUGAUCUAUUGCUAUGGUUGUCAAGACCAGUGCAUAACCCAAUGUAAGUCGCAAGACAGAGAAGUAUCUCAGUUAGAAUGCAACUUUUGGGGUUCGGAACAGGCCGUAUGCAAGUGUUGUUGUGGGUUACCAUCAUCAACUCCACCACCCAAACCAAUAAUUUGGAAUCAAUGUCCAACUGAAGAAACAAAUGAGUAUUUUUUACUACGUAAUUCUUUGAUUGAUUGCAGGCUCUGUGUAAAUGGUUGUAAAACUAAAUGUGAUGCCAUAGGAGCUACAGUGGCUAGGGAAGUCUGCUUCCAGGAUUUCAAUGUAGGUACGACGAUUCUUAUCGAUGGAGUCUUAGCAUGCCCUUGUUGUUGUAAACCAAAACCUCCACCCCCACCAGCAUGCCCUUGCAGUGAAAGUUGUGGUGUGGAUAUCAAUAUUCAAAUAUCGUCGGUAGCUGGUCAGGCAUCACGCAAGUACGAACUACCUCAUUCGUCAUCAUCUACUGCUGAGCUAUGAUAAUAAUACUAAUAAUUCAUAUUACUAGUACGUACUAGUAACCACUAAUCACAACUGGUUAUUUGAAUUUGUUUACUACUACUAGCUAUAUGCAGCAAUAAUAUG